AUGGGGAAGUUUCAUGCCCGGUUGUACAAGACCGAUCGAGCACGGGAUUUCGAUCAUGAACAGGAUCGAUAUGUGCGCAUGCGACAGAUCUAUGAAACGAUUGACCGACAAGGCUAUCAAUGGGUUGUCGUACUCGUCGCCGGUCUCGGCUUCUUCCUGGAUGGUUACACUGUGAGUGGGAGUUGGAACUAUGAGAACUCCGAAAGGAAAUGGCCACUGACAGUGCUUUCAAAGCUCUUUGCUAGUAAUAUGGCCCUUCCGAUGAUUUCCUACGUCUAUUGGCAAGACGAUACCUCCUCGCUUCGUUUGACUUGCAUCAACAUUGCCACCUUGGCCGGAACGUUGCUCGGUAUGGUGCUGUUUGGAUUUUUGGCGGACAAGAAUGGGCGAAAGAAGAUGUACGGUGUUGAACUGGUGCUGCUGAUCACCGCGACGCUCGGGGUGGUCAUGUCUUCCGAAGGCAAGGACGGCAGUAUGAGCAUUUUUACGUGGUUGAUCUGGUGGAGAGUCUGUGUCGGCAUUGGUGUUGGAGCAGACUACCCCCUCAGUGCUGUCAUUACAUCAGAAUUUGCUCCGACCAAGCACCGCGCCCGCAUGAUGGCCACCGUCUUCUUCAUGCAGCCUCUGGGCCAAAUUGCAGGCAAUCUGGUUUCGUUAAUCGUGAUCGCGGUCGGUAGGAACAGUAACAGCGAUGAUCUUACUCGCAGCGUCGACAGCAUGUGGCGCUGGGUUCUGGGAAUUGGUGUUGUUCCCGGUGCCAUUGCGAUUCUCUUCCGAUUUGCCAUUCCCGAGAGCCCUCGUUACCUCGUUGAGAUCGACGACGACCCAGUCACCGCGGAGUUCGAUGCCACCACUCUCUUUAGCGAGCCUUCUAUCAGCCCCGGAUUCGAUGCACAGGGCUUUGGAAACGUUACUUCUAUCAUGGGCAGUUCGAUUCAGCUCCCACCCAUUUCUUCCCUGGCCAGCUCCUCCAUUCAUGAAGAUGAAGAAUACAGUAACUUGCCACCGGCAACUCUCAACUCACACUGGCGGCUCGCAAAAUCCGAUAUUAUUCGAUACUUCUGGACAGAAGGAAACUGGCGCAGCCUAGCUGGUACGACAUUGGCUUGGCUGCUCAUGGAUUUCGGUUUCUAUGGUAUCAGUCUUGCCAGUCCCCAAUUCUUGGCUAAGACAUGGGGCCAGCUACAUAUCUCAGUAUCAGAGCCAUACUGGAUGACCGACUCUCGCCCAGGAGCUAGCGUUUACGACAUGUUCUUCCAGACCUCUAUCCGCGCUCUGGUGAUUCUGAACAUCGGCAGUUUUGUCGGCGGUCUCCUGCUCAUUGUUUUCGCCCAUCGCAUUGAGCGAGUUGCCUUGCAAAAAUACACUUUCCUCUGUCUAGCAGCACUUUUCAUUGCAUUGGGAAGCAUCUUCGUCUGUCUGAUCAACAAUCCGCCUGCUUCGGUUGCAUUAUACAUUCUCGGCCAGAUCCUUUUCAACUUCGGUCCCAACGCAACAACUUACAUGAUCCCCGCCGAGAUUUUCCCUACUCGUUAUAGAGCUACCUGCUACGGACUUAGCGCAGGCGCUGGCAAGCUGGGCUCCAUCCUUGUCCAAGUCUUCUCCACCUACUACCGGUUCGGCGGUGGUCUCGGAGACGUAUCGACUCGCCACCACGGCAUUGUUCUUUUUGUUUUUAGUGCUUGUAUGGUCAUCGGGGCUGCUGUGACACAUUUCUGGAUUCCGCCUCUUCAACAGAAGAAGGGCAACAACAUUCUUUGGGGCGGGAAACCUUACACUCUUGAAACGAUGGCCUUGGGUCGCAUGGGACGCAAGAGCCGAGAGGCUGGAAUUCGGAGGAGAUCCACAAGGAAACGCGCCAUGUCCUUUGGCGGAUAG